GAAGGUUACGAGCAUCCGACCGUCAAUCAUUAAUUGACUUUCAAAGAUCCCAAGACGGAUGCUGCCACGAACGUUACAGAAGGAUUGUGGGCAUUCGUUAAACGGCAAUUCCCGGAUUGCAAUCGCAGCAAAGACAUUGCUCGCCUUCAUCCACCUCCAUCCAACGACGCGGACGCUGAAGAGGACACUGACGCGACGGAAGCAAACGGAAGUGGAUUUUGAGGUGGAAUCGUCGACGGAGGAAAUCCCAAAAAAUCGGUACUUUUCAGAGCCACCAAUUAUUGACGUAGCAUCAACUUUUCGAUUUAGAAUAUUUUGCGAUUUAGAAUAUAAAGAUGAAAGAAGAGGUUUCAGCUUCGAAAUUUGCGGCACGAUUAUUCCAUGCGAUUCACAUUAUAUCCGACAGAUGGCGGUACGUCAAAAAUCUAAGUCACUAGCAGCCAACUUCAGUUCGGAGUCGUAUACUGCAGUUUUACCAUUUUGCCUACAAGAAUUCAUGUGUCCAAGUCGAAUAUAAAAUAUGCUGGACUUUGUGCAUGCACUGUAUGAAAACCGGAAGUAUUACUUAUAUUUUUAAUGUUAUUAUACCAUCUAUCUCUGAAACCACCUCUAAAUUUUAGACUGUUUAAUUUAGCUAUUUGUUUAGCAUUAUGCCUACCAAAUUUUACAUGCACAUACAUAUAUACCGACACGUGAGCCCGCGCGUACACACGCAUCCUUUUUUUCGAUUGUGAGUAUAAAAGCCACUCUGAAAUGUUAUAUGCAGUUGUGUCUAUGAACGAGAAUUUUAUCUUGUUAUACUUGUAUAAGUAUCUAGUAGAAAUAACUUCUGUGACAAAUAA